UGUUGACUUGGUGACCAGCCAUGGUCCUGAAGCUGUCCUUGCGUCCUCGCACGACGCUUCCAAGCGUCGGUCUCGAACCGAAGAACAUCAGGUCGCGAUCCAUCGCCCAGUCUCGACACAAAUCCAUUUUCGACCUCUCGCUCACCACCAUGAAGGCUGCUCUGAUCCUCGCCCUCGCGUCCACCGUUGUCGCCAACACCCUUGAAGCGGAAACCAAGGUCGUCGACGUCUGGGGCCAGUGUGGUGGCAAAAACUACAACGGCGACAAGGCGUGUGGCAGCGGCAACUACUGCAAGGUCAUCAACGAGUGGUACUCGCAGUGUCAGCCCGGCGGCAACGGCCAAGUCGGUGUCUGGGGCCAAUGCGGCGGGAAGGACUACAAGGGCGCCACCCAGUGCACGUCCGGCAACACGUGCAAGACCUGGAACGAGUGGUACGCGCAGUGCAUUCCUGGCAACGCGACGCCGACGACAACUGCGCCCGCCUCGAAGGGCUCGGCCGUCUCGCCGCCACUCAACUGGGUCCAAGUCGACGGCGUCUGCUACACCAAGGUUGACGGCGACAACGACACGACGACGAGCGGCAUUUUGUCGUACGAGGCGUGCAUUGCCGAGGCCGGCAAGCGCGGGAAGCUCUAUGCCAAUUGGAAGGACAACCAAUGCACGGUGCUCCAGACCGUCUACUCGUACACGCUCGACAAGGGGUGCAAGGGCGCGGCCAAGUACAACCUCGACAAGUGGCAGUGCUCGGGCAACCACGACUUUUGGGGCAACGACGUUGGCCAAGCGCAGACGCGCUUUGACCGGUGCCUCGACUCGUGCGAAAACUUCAACGAGGGUGGCAAGAAGUGCAACGCCGCGACGUGGGUGCGCAACCCCGGCAGCGAGUACGGCGUCUGCUUCUUCAAGGCGUUUGACGACCGGAACAAGCGCCCGUCGAUCAACGACCUCGGCGCGAUUGCGUGCAACCGCCUUGCGUCGUCGCAGUAAACGCAUCGAGUUUUGAGGCUGUUUUGACGACAACUAAGCCUCUAAAUCCAUGUCCUUUUGCCCACAAAAGUUUAACCGACCUGUCCAUAUCUCAAACAUACAAACUUAGACUCUUGAUCAG